UUUUUAUAAUGUAGUCUCGAGGAUGGAGUUGGUAAAUUAGGGUUCAUAACUCAAAAAUAAUAUUUGCCGCGAUGGAAGUACUAGACUUCAAGUGUUCCGAUGUCGGAAUUUGGAAAGAGGCUCUGUCUUCGUACGAGUCCCGAAUCGAGUCACUGAACAAGCCAGACCUCGUCUCUCUCGACCAAUUCUACCGCAUCAAACUCCCUUGUCUUCUUCACGACAGAGACCCUAACCCUUACCUCACCACCUCUGAGCUUUGUCAACUCAUGAAAUGGAAGCUCACUCGCGGCAAAUGGCGGCCGCGUCUGCUGGAUUUCGUGUCGUCUCUGGACGAUUCAGUGGUGAAAUCUGCUUCUGAGAAAGCUUUCAAAUCUCUCCCUGACAUCUCCAAGGCUGUGAAAGAGCUCACCGUUCUUAAGGGCGUUGGUCCGGCCACCGCCUCCGCUGUUCUUGCUGCUUACGCCCCUGACAUUGCACCCUUUAUGUCCGACGAGGCAAUGGAGGUGGCUCUUGGUAGCUCAAAGGAUUACUCUUUGAAGCAAUACUUGCUGUUUGUAACUAAACUAGAUGAUAAAUCAAAGGAAUUAAAGUUGAAGGGAGAGUGGGAUGGGCCUUCAGAUAUUGAAAGAGCUCUAUGGAGCUGUACUGUGGGUGCAAAGUCACAACCAGAGAAGAGCUCUUCGGGGAAGAAAAGAAAACGUUAGGAGACCAAAAUGAACUUUUGUAGAAUUUGUGUAGAUUUAUCUCUUCUUUCAUAAUCAUCAAGACAGAAUCAUGGAUGUUUAUGAAAAUUCUGAGGGAGUGUUUUGAGAAAUCAUAUAACUUUACCCUUUAUUUGGCCUCAA